AUGCUCCUUCCGCUCGACGUCCUUUCCCUCGUCUUCUCCGCUUGGUCUCUCGCCGGCAUUGCACCCGCCCACGCCGCUCUCCUGAACGUGACCAUAGACGACUCCCUUGGCGACUCCCACACAGGCGCUCUCAUCGCGUAUGAGCCGCCUACCCGCUGGAGCGCAGGCCGGAACUGCACAGACUGCAGUGCGAACCUCGACCAUUCCAAGGUCCUCGACGGCACCUGGCAUGAAGCACUCUUCACUUCCACCCACGAGCGCGACGGGGUCGCGGAUGUGCCGCUCAUCGCUUCGGCCAAGUUUGAAGGCGUCGCGCUCUAUGUCUUCUGCGUUGUAGCCCACACGUCAGGCAACACCGACCUGCGCUUUUUGCUCGACGGCGAACAUGUCGGCUCGUUCGUACAACCGCCCAUUGGGAGCUCGCAUUUCGAGUACAACGUCCCUGUCUACGUCAACGAGUCCAUCUCCCCCGGCGAACACACGCUCUCGAUCAUCAAUGGCCAGCCGUUAGGAAACGAGUCUCUUGUCCUGCUCGACUACAUCGUAUACUCG